AUGCUGCUCAAACAGGGAGCAGAUGUUCACAUGCAGACACGUGGCUACGGAAACGCACUGAACGGAGCGUGUGCGCGUGGUAAUCUCGAAGUGGUGCAGCUUCUACUCGACAAGGGUGCUGAUAUCCACACACAAGGCGGUUUCAUAGGCAAUGCGCUCCACGCGGCAGCAUACGGUGGUAAUGAGGAGAUUGUGAAGAUGCUGGUCGACCGUGGAGCUGACGUGCACGCCACUGGUGGACAAUUUGGCAGCGCUCUGCAGGCUGCAUGUUGGGGUGGCCAUGAGAAGGCCGUGAGGACGAUAAUCAACCUUGGGGCGAAUGUCAACGCCCAAGGCGGAGAGUAUGGAAGUCCUCUCCAUGCCGCCUGCCAUAGCCGUAACGGGAUGGUCGCCAAGGUUUUGAUGGAAUUCGAUGUCGACAAAAGCCUGGUGCUUCGAAGUUACCACAAGAUCCUAGAUGCGGCGUGCCACAAUGACAGAGAGGAUGUGUUGAAGCGUUUAGUCGACUUGGGCGUGAAGAUCGCAAACAGCGGUCUUGAUAAGUAUCUAAAGACUGCUUGUGCUUUUGGCAGUGGUAGCAUCAUCAAACCAUUGGUCGACAUGGGCGCAAAUGUCAACUCUCAGGGCGGCAAGCAUGGUAGCCCUCUUCAAGCCGCAUGCAAAAGCGGGAACAGGAAAACCGUGCAGUGCCUGGUCAGUUUGGGCGCGGAUGUCAACAUUGCGACCAAAUUUGGCAGCGCCCUUCACACUGCGGCCCAUAACGGCAACCAAUGCAUCGUUGAGAUGCUUAUUGAUCUGGGUGCAGACGUGAACGCACGCGGGACAAUAAAGGAAGGACGCCGCUUCACGUCGCUGCAUCAAAUGGGCGCAUCGAAACAGCUACAAUACUCAUCGAAGCAGGAGCUGAUGUCAACUCUGCUCCAUCUGAUUCGGUAUGGACACCAUUAA